UUGUUCCUGCCUCCAACUUCCCCGAAGUUAACUCGGGUUUCGCCCUCCCUGCGGGUCUGCCAGGGCUCCCGGUCCUCCAGGAGGGCGGGAGGGAGGGGAAAGGCGUGUCUUGCCUGGGCUGCCGCCGCCGCUGCUGGAGGCAGACCGGAGAUAUAAAAGACCUGCCUGGACGGCGGCUGCGGCUCCAGUCCGUGCGGGCGUUCACGCCGUGGGGAGAGAGGCGCAGCGGGGCGCGCAGGGCGGCGGUGGAAGAGGAGGGCAACCCCAAUGCGUGGACUAUCCGUUGCUGCAUUAUGCUGGAGCUACAGUUCCGCUGAAGGGGGUUUGCACACCGCCGGCUGGGCUGGACUGCAGCGCUGCCGUUCCUUAUGAAGAAGGCACAAACUUGGAUUAUCACCUGCUUUUGUCUUCAACUACUCCUACUUAAUCCGCUUGUCAAAGCCCAGAAUUCCUGCGGGAAUCCAGUGACAGAUGAUGUGAAUGACAUUGAAAAAUUGGUUGGAAAUCUCCCAAAUGAUUAUAUGAUAACUCUUAAAUAUGUCCCGAAGAUGGAUAGUCUGCCUAAUCACUGCUGGUUGCAUUUGAUGGUGCCUGAAUUUUCAAGAAGUCUACAUAAUCUUCUCCAGAAGUUUUCAGAUAUUUCAGAUAUGUCUGAUGUUUUAAGCAAUUAUUCAAUCAUCAAUAAUCUCACAAGGAUAAUUAAUGAUCUUAUGGCAUGCCUAGCUUUUGAUAAAAAUAAGGAUUUUGUAAAAGAAAAUGGUCAUCUUUAUGAAGAAGGUCGCUUCAUUCCUGAGGAUUUUUUUAGGCACUUCAAUAGUACCAUUGAGGUCUACAAGGAGUUUGCAGACACAUUGUAUAAGAAUGACUGCAUUCUGCCUUCAACAGUAGAAACACCAGAAAAUGAUUCCAGAGUCGCUGUCACAAAAACAUUUUUGUUUCCUCCUGUUGCUGCCAGCUCCCUUAGGAAUGACAGCAUUGGCAGUAACACUAACAGUAACAAAGAGGCACUUGGCUUCAUUAGCAGCUCCAGCCUGCAAGGGAUCAGCAUAGCACUGACAUCAUUGCUGUCUCUUCUUAUUGGCUUUAUUUUGGGAGCCAUAUACUGGAAGAAAACACAUCCCAAAUCCAGACCAGAAAGUGAUGAAACUACACAGUGUCAUGACUGUCAAGAGGAAAAUGAGAUAAGUAUGUUGCAGCAAAAAGAAAAGGAACAUCUACAAGUGUAGCUGUUGCUUUUUCUCCCUCAACACUGUUACUGUUUCAUGUAUUGGCAGGUAACAGUUCCAUGUUCGCUUCAUAAAUGAAGCACCUUUAAACACAUUCGUAUUCCUUCUGGAGUGACAGACUGAGUCUGCAUCUGUUGUUGCUGCCCAUGACUCCAUAGACAUGAUACAGAAAUGAGGACAAUUUGUCACUGUGAAACCAACACUGAAUUGAACAACAAGAAGAGUGUGUGCUUAGCAGGACUGUAUCUUAUGUGAAUACCUACCUUGUGUGGCAUUUGAGGAGUUUUAGUUGCGUUAGUACUUGCAGCUGACUCUGGCAAACAAAAUACAUAUCCUGAACAAAAAGCAUCUUUCAAAUGUCUCCAUAUGUAAUCACUAAAAGUCAUAAAUACCUUUACAUCCUUAAUUUAAGUUCUGUGUCCUCUACCUUACCUUGGUGUCUUCAGAUGGAGUUCUCUGAACUGACAGAAAAUGCAGAAAUGGAUACAGCUAACAUACUCUUCAAUAUUGUAUAUAAAACUUGAAAGCAAAGUCAUGCCAUGGACCCAUGUUCUAGCCUUUUACUUAUAAGGAGCUGUGUUUAUACCUGGCAAAGGUCGUGUGUACAGCAACAUGUGGUCUCUGUCACGUGCCAGGUGGCUGGAUGCCCACCCUAGAAAGCCUCAAGAAUUCAUCAGCGUUGGUGGUCGCUGUUCAGGAGAAGCAAAUACUGGGUGAAGACAAAGUAAACAGGAGGUGAAUGUACCUCAUGGAGCUUCAAAGCAUAAAGAGUAACUGCUGGGUGUGUGAACACAGGUGAAAUUUCCAGCCAUGCCAAGGGAAGGGCGAGUAAAGAGUCUGAAUUGCGUUCAAACAUCAGAAUAAGGACAGACCCACAAAAUGCAUUUUAAAUGCUGAAGAUUCAUGCCAUUGAUAACUUGUCUUUAAAUGUACAGCAUAGAAAAUCUGAAAGAUCCUGAGAGUGUAUUUAGCUUUUACUUACAUCAGCUGUAAUUAAUGUUUGCAUUGUGUUUUAAGUGAUCACUAAACAUUAAUAAUCUGGAUCUCCACUCUUAAAGUUAAUUGUCUCAAAAGAGAAAGGCUUUGUUUCCCACUUGUCUUCUGCUGUUAUAGCAUCCAGGAAUCCUUACAGGACUGAUGUGCAGACAUGCAUUUUCAAGUAAAUCCUAAAAAUACCAUGGUAAAAAUUACAAGUGUAGUUGUGCAUGUUUUCAUCUUGGCUCUUUCCAAAUAAUGGGUAUGAAUUAUUUAUCUGUAUUAGGGUAUUGUACUGCAGAAGGUAAAGGUGACUCACUUCAGAUGACAAACUGUUGUCUGUCAUCAAACUAACCAGAUCAGCAAGAGUUUUCAUUUAAGUAACUUGAAAACUUAAAAAAAGCCCCACCACCCUUUUAAUAUUUUACAUAAAGUUGAAGUUCUCUUUAAAUUAUAUAGUUACUUAAUUUUUUUAGGAAUUCUUGUGGAAAUUUUAACCAUCUGCUGAAUUUGUUGAGAACCACUCAUAAAAAGAAUACGACAUACAUAUAAUAUAUACUUGUGUGUGUGUGCGUGCGUGUGUGUGUGUGUAGUAAUGGUAAAACUGAUUUUUCUUUCAUACUCACCAAAAAGAAAAAAACUCAGAACCUUACUGUGUUUGAUGACAGAGCUUAUAUGUGCAUGUAGCCACGCCACGUAGAUUUUUUACCCUACUGAAAUCAGUGUCAAAACUUCUCAUGAAUUCACUUAUACAAGGAUUUGAUCACAUGGAACUAUUUUUAUUUAUACUGAGGCCUUUUUGCACUUCUUGGUUGUAAGAAAAGGGCCUUCAAGUCCUGCUCAG